GCUGCUGCCUCAUCCGAUUCGUCUGCCCAGCUGUCCCACAACAACUAUGGGCCACAGAUCAACGUCACCAUCUGGUUCCUGGCGGCCCUGUCGUCCCUGUUCCUUGCCCUGCGGAUAUACUGCAAGGCCCUGCGAAAACGCGGCCUCUGGUGGGACGACCACGUUCUCAUAGCUUCAUGGCUGGCUCUGGUGGCACAAUGCGCCUUCGUGUCAGUCACGAUCCCGCUCGGCCUGGGCCGCCCGAUAUGGGACUUCAAUUCGGACAACCUGGAGGACUUCCUCCUGUUCUCCAACCUGGCGGGCACGGCGGCCAUCCUGGCGGCGGCGUGGAGCAAGACGUCGUUCGCGAUAACCGUGCUGCGCAUCUCCGACGGCUGGAUCAAGCGCUUCGUGUGGUUCAUCAUAGUCUCGGUCAACGUCGCCCUAGGCCUCAGCAUAGCCUUCACCUGGGGCCAAUGCACGCCCUUUGAGAAGGUGUGGAAGCCGCUGAUCCCGGGGACGUGUUGGUUCAAAACCCCUGUCAUCAGGUACAACAUCUUCACAGCCGCCUACUCCGGCGCAAUGGACAUGGUCCUAGCCAUCAUCCCCUGGAGGAUCAUCUGGAGCCUCACCAUAAACAAAAAGGAGAAGUUUGGCGUCCUGUUCGCCAUGAGCAUGGGUGUAUUCGCCGGCGUAACCUCCAUGGUCAAAAUCACCAGCCUCCCCGGCAUCGCCUCCACAGACUUCACCGACUCCAACACCCAGAUCGUCAUCCUCGCCGCCGCCGAGAGCGCCAUAACCAUCAUCGCCGCCUCCAUCCCCGUCCUGCGCACCCUCCUCCUCCGCAACCCCGGUUUCGCCCCGGCCCCGACCAGCUUCCUCUAC